AUGGCCGCCACCACGGACACCUCCUCCUGGCCGCCGCCGUUAGUACUCCCUCUCCACGGCAGCCUCCUGCUCCUGCUGCCUCUCCUGGCCAUCACCACUGCCGCGUCCUCAGCUCCACUGCCCCUCCUCGCGCUGCUCUCCCUCAAGUCCUCCCUACACGACCCGUCCAGCGCGCUCCGCCCCUGGACGUACGCGUCCACGGCGUCCGCGGGCGCGACGCGUUCUCUGGAGCCGCCGUGGUGCGCGUGGCCGGGCGUGUCCUGCGACCCGGCCACGGGGGACAUCGCCGGGCUCGACCUCUCCCGCCGCAACCUCUCCGGCACAUUCUCCGACACCGCGGCCAGGCUGCUGGCGCCUACGCUGACGUCGCUCAACCUCAGCGCGAACGCGUUCGCGGGGGAGUUCCCGGCCGCGGCGGUGUUCCAGCUCCGGCGGCUGGAGUCGCUCGACGUCAGCCACAACUUCUUCAACGGCACGUUCCCCGACGGCGUCGCGGCCCUCGGCGGCGCGCUCGCCGUGCUCGAUGCGUACAGCAACUGCUUCGUCGGCCCGCUGCCGCGCGGCCUCAGCGAGCUGCGUCGGCUCCAGCGGCUCAACCUCGGCGGCAGCUUCUUCAACGGGAGCGUCCCGCCUGAGAUCGGGCAGCUCCGCUCGCUGCGGUUCCUGCACCUCGCCGGGAACGCGCUAACCGGGCGGCUCCCGGCGGAGCUCGGCGCCCUCGCGUCGCUCGAGCAGCUCGAGAUCGGGUACAAUGCCUACGACGGCGGCGUUCCCGCAGAGCUCGGCAACCUGACGCGGCUCCAGUACCUCGACAUCGCCGUCGCCAACCUGUCCGGCCCGCUGCCGCCGGAGCUCGGCAAUCUCGCGCGGCUCGAGAAGCUGUUCCUGUUCAAGAACCGGCUCGCCGGUGCCAUACCGCCGCGGUGGUCCCGCCUCCGAGCGCUGCAGGCUAUCGAUCUGUCCGACAACCUGCUCGCCAGCGCCAUCCCGGCGGGGCUCGGUGAACUCGCCAACCUCACGAUGCUGAACCUCAUGAGCAACUUCCUUUCCGGCACGAUCCCGGCGGCGAUCGGCGCGCUGCCGAGCCUUGAGGUGCUGCAGCUCUGGAACAACUCCCUCACCGGACGGCUGCCGGAGUCGCUGGGCGCGAGCGGGCGGCUCGUCCGGGUGGACGUGUCGACCAACUCCCUGUCCGGCCCGAUUCCUCCCGGGAUGUGCACCGGCAACCGUCUCGCCCGCCUCAUCCUCUUCGACAACCGCUUCGAGUCGGCCAUCCCGGCGAGCCUCGCCACCUGCUCGUCGCUCUGGCGAGUCCGGCUGGAAUCCAACCGCCUGUCCGGCGAGAUCCCGGUCGGGUUCGGCGUGAUCCGCAAUCUGACAUACCUGGACCUGAGCUCCAACUCGCUCACCGGCGGCAUUCCUUCUGAUCUCGUGGCUUCUCCGAGCCUCGAGUACAUCAACAUCUCCGGCAACCCCAUCGGCGGCGCGCUCCCGAACGUGUCGUGGCAGGCGCCGAACCUGCAGGUGUUCGCGGCGAGCAAGUGCGCCCUGGGCGGCGAGGUCCCGGCGUUUGGUGCCACGGGGUGUUCGAAUCUGUACCGGUUGGAGUUGGCAGGGAAUGACCUCACCGGUGCAAUCCCCAGUGACAUCAGCACCUGCAAGCGGCUGGUGAGCUUGAGGCUGCAGCACAAUCAGCUCACCGGCGAGAUCCCGGCAGAGCUCGCCGCCUUGCCGUCCAUCACCGAGAUCGACCUGUCCUGGAACGAGCUCACCGGCGUCGUCCCGCCGGGCUUCACCAACUGCACCACGCUGGAGACUUUCGACGUGUCCUUCAACCAUUUGGUGACCGCUGGCUCGCCGUCGGCGUCGUCACCAGGCGCCGGCGCGGUGACCUCAGCUCGGCGCACCGCGGAGAUGUGGGUUUCCGCUGUGGCGGUGGCCUUCGCGGGGAUGGCGGUGCUCGCCGUCACCGCUCGCUGGCUGCAGUGGCGCGAGGACGGCACCGACGCGCCGGGCCGCGGUAGCGGGGGCGGCGCACGCACACGACCCAACGUGGUCGUCGGGCCGUGGGGGAUGACCGCGUUCCAGAGGCUCGACUUCACUGCCGACGACGUGGCGCGGUGCGUCGAGGGGAGCGACGAGUACACGUACACUCUGCAAGUAGACGAGAAGAGCGACGUGUACAGCUUCGGCGUGGUGCUCCUGGAGAUCCUGACCGGCCGGAGGUCCGUGGAGGCGGAGUACGGCGAGGGGAGCAACAUCGUGGACUGGGUGAGGCGCAAGGUCGCGGCCGCCACCGCCGGCGACGUGAUGGACGCGGCGGCGUGGGCGGCGGACCAGCAGGCCGGCGGCAAGGCGGCGCGGGACGAGAUGGCGCUGGCGCUGCGGGUGGCGCUGCUCUGCACCAGCCGGUGCCCGCAGGAGCGCCCGCCGAUGAGGGACGUCGUGUCCAUGUUGCAGGAGGCCAGGCGCGGCCGGAAGCUCCUGCCCAAGAAGCAGCAAGCGCAACCAAAGAUUAAUUAG